UAUGCAUCUGAAAUUGGAAUAAAUAAUUUAAUAAGCACCUCACAGAAAAAAAAGGAAGUUGAAAAACAACCAAGUCCAACCUCCAAUGGAAACGUUUUGAGCAGAAUUCAAGAUUCAACAACUCCAAAUCCAAAAAUCUUAUAUUUCUGCUAUUCUCAUUGGUUCUUUUGCCGAUUCAGAUAAAAUUCUUAGCAAUUGCAGCUAAGAUCUGGGAUCCCCUUUUACCAAAAUCAGCCCAUUCUUGAAUUUCAAGAAAUCCCGCGUCAAUUUUUUCAUCCAAAAUUUCUGUAAGUUUCGCGGUUUCCUCUCUGGGUUUUUACUGGCAAUCUACAUAGUUGCUUUUGAAUUUUUACAUUGUAGAGAGGGAGGGGUGCAGUGUUUUCGUGUGUACAUGUAUGCGUAUUGGUAGAUUGAGAAGCAGAGAUGGAUAGCAAUUACUCGAAAUUAGAUGUGAAAGAUGAAAAUUUUCUAUUGAAGACUCAAGCUUUCAGAUUGAUUUCACCCGAUCAUGAAAAUGGGUAUUCAAAUCGACCUAAUGCAAAUGGUUUGGAUGAUGAAGAUGACAUUGAUUUUGAUGAUUUACCGCUUAUUUUUGGUGAAAAUAAAUCUGGGUCUGGGAUUUAUGGUGCUGUUUUCAAUCUCACCACCUCUAUCAUUGGUGCUGGCAUCAUGGCCUUGCCUGCGACAAUGAAAGUUUUGGGGCUAUUUUUUGGUGUAUUCUUGAUAUUUUUUAUGGCUAUUUUGUCUGAAAUCAGUGUGGAGUUGCUAGUGAGGUUUGCUGUCCAAUGUAAGGCAGCCACAUAUGGGGAGGUUGUUGAGGCUGCAUUGGGUAGGACUGCUAGGACUUUGUCCGAAAUUUGCAUAAUCGUUAACAAUGCCGGUGUUUUGGUUGUGUAUUUGAUCAUCAUUGGGGAUGUGAUGUCUGGAUCCCUUCAUCACAUGGGAGUUUUUGACCAAUGGUGGGGUCAUGGUUUUUGGGAUCACAGGAAGAUAGUGAUUCUAAUAGUUCUAGUGCUGUUUCUUGCACCGUUGUGUACCUUGGAUAAGAUUGAUUCCUUGAGCACGACUUCAGCAGCUUCUGUAGCGCUUGCAAUUGUUUUUGUUGUUGUCGUGUUUAUUGUGGCUCUUAUCAAGCUUGUUGAGGGGAAAAUUGAACCCCCUAGGAUGAUGCCUGAUUUUGGAUCCAAGAAGGCGAUUCUUGAUCUGCUUGUGGUGAUUCCCAUCAUGUCAAACGCUUAUGUGUGCCACUUUAAUGUCCAACCAAUUUAUAACGAGCUUGAAGGGCGCUCACCGAGUAAAAUGUACCUUGUGGGAAGGAUCACAGCUGCAAUUUGUGUUGCUGUGUAUGCUUCUACUGCUAUAGCUGGCUAUUUACUCUUUGGGGAGGAUACUGAAUCUGAUGUGCUCACUAACUUCGAUAAGGAUCUUGGCAUCCGGUUUAGCACAGCUUUGAACUACUUUGUUCGUAUAGGUUAUAUUCUGCAUUUGGUUCUUGUGUUCCCGGUCAUUCAUUUUUCCUUGAGGCAAACUGUGGACACAUUGAUUUUUGAAGGAUUGAAUCCUCUCUCGGAGAGCAGGAAGCGGUGUCUGGUCUUAACUUUCGUGCUCUUAGGGCUUAUAUAUUUGGGCUCGACGAUGAUACCUAAUAUUUGGACGGCUUUUAAGUUUACGGGAGCAACAACAGCAGUCUCGUUAGGUUUCACCUUUCCACCUCUGGUUGCAUUGAGGUUAAACAAAGAAGGGAACAACAGGCUAAGCAUUGUCGAGAGGUUAUUGUCUUGGUUCAUGUUAACGUUGGCGGUUAUAGUUAGUAUUGUUGGAGUGGUUGGCAAUAUCUAUGGCCUCAAGGGUGAUUCUGCAUAGCUCUGCUCAUGGAGUUGUGCUCUAAUACCGUCGAAUGAUUUAGAAUAUAGAGAACUAACAUUUGUUGUAUUGCCACUUUCGCCAUCAUAGCCAAAAAGGGAUGUUCUGCUAAAGCUUGGCGUGCUUUCGUAUCUCAGGACUUUGCUCGCGACCAAUUCUAUACUCCUUUUCCUUCCCUUAUAGAGAAUGAGAUUUUUUUUUGGCUAUUCUUGUCUGUACAAUUAGAUUAUACAGUGCCACUAAAAAGCAUCGAUUUAGUGCAACUAUGUAUCAUUACAUUGAGCUCCAUUUGUGUUGUAUACCUCACUGGCCUUCAAUUUCCAGCAAUCUUGGUGAUUUUUGUGUUA